UACUUAGGUUAAUUAUAAGAGGGUGAUCACACAGAAGGGGAAAAAACACCUUUGAUCGAAUAUCUUUUCUCGUAGAAUUGAAUUCCUGAAUUCCAAGAAAAAUCAGAGGAUCUUCUGAAAUUCUCGAUUCACUGAAGAGCUAGAGAAACCUAAAUUAUCUUGAUAUUUUUUUUUUCAGUGAAUCGGGUUUUCUAUUCUGUGCAGAGAGAAAACAUACCGAUGGCGUCUGGGUUGAUCGAGAUUGGUUUGGGAGCACUAUUUAGUUUAUUACUGAAAAAUGUUCUGGAGGUCAGAGAAAAUAGUCACAACUUCAAUCCCCAACUCGAAAGGCUUGAAGCAACUCUGUUUUCACUCGCAACAACUGUGCGUGACAUUGGGAAGUUGGACGGAGAAUUGGGCGUUCCACGGGAAGAAACCAAAAUGUUCACCGAUCUCUUGAAAGAGGGCGUGGAGCUGGUCAGCAAGUGCUCGGAAAUCAAUUUCUACCAGAUUCCUAGCUACUCGAAGAAGCUCGAAGGAUAUACAACUAAGCUUGACAAAUUCUUUCAGAUCCACGUGCAAGCUUUGCAGACGAGAGAUAUGAAGAAGAUUAUGGUGAAACUGAAUGCAAUAGAUACGAAAGUGGAGGGGAAGAUGAAAGCGAAUGAAACAGAUGCGACAUUGGAUGAAAAGUGCAAGUGCUCGAAGAUGAGGAAAGGUGGAUUCGUUUAUGAUUCGAAGAUAGCUGUAGCCAACCAAGUAUACUCUACAGUUGACAUUGCAGUCAAAAUGGACUCGGAUGGCUGCGAAGUUGUGGAAUCAAUGCGGGUCAACCGAAAGCAAAGCCAGGCAACAGUUAGUGGCUAUGUUGAUCCAAACAAGGAAUAUUGGUUGGGAUUUCUCAAUAUUCACAUCCACAGAGGCGAAGAUCUUGCCAUCAGAGACAGGAAAAGCAGCGAUCCUUACGUUAUUGUCCGAAUGGGAGAAAAGGAAUUAAAGACAAAGGUGGUGAAAAGGAAUGUCAAUCCUGAGUGGAAUGAAGAUUUAAUUCUUUGCGUCACAGACACUAGUCUUCUAAUAAAGCUAGCAGUGUAUGAUAAGGACACAUUCAAAGAUGACGCGAUGGGAGAUGCAGAGUUUGACAUUAGACCACUCCUAGAAGCAGCGAUGAUGGGGUUGGGGAACCUCUCUAGUGGAAGAACCAUAAUAACCAGAGUAGAAAAAAGCUGGGACAACUGCUUAGCAGAAGAGAGCUGCAUUAUGUUGGCAGAUGGCAACAUUGUCCAGGAUAUGGUUCUUAAACUGCGAAACGUUGAGCGUGGUGUGGUUAAGCUCCAGUUGAAGUGGAUAGAUGUUCCGUAUUUUAGAGAUCACUUGUUGGGUCUUCUCAGAAUUCACAUCCACAGAGGUGUAAAUCUUGCCAUAAGAGACCGGAGAAGCAGCGAUCCUUACGUUAUUGUUCAAAAGGGCAAAAAGAAAGUAAAGACUUGGGUGGUGAAAAAAAAUGUUAAUCCCGUGUGGAAUGAAGAUUUAAUUCUUUGCAUCGCAGACCCUACUAUUCCAAUCAAGCUUAAAGUGCUUGAUAAAGAUAAAUACAAGUGGGAUGACAAGAUGGGAGAGGCAGAGUUGGACGUUAGACCAUUCUUAGAAGCAGUGAAGAUGCAGUUGGGGAACCCCCAUAGUGGAACCACAAUAACCAGAGUAGAACCAAGCCGGGACAACUGCUUAGCCAAGCAGAGCUGCAUUAUGUGGACGGAUGGCAAGGUUGUACAGGAUAUGGUUCUUAGAUUGCGAAACGUUGAGCAUGGUGAGGUUGAACUACAGUUGCAUUGGAUAGAUGUUCCGGGUUGAGGUAUGCACAUGUAAUUUAUGUAAGAAACUAUCAAGCCUAAAUGAAGACCACAUUACCUCCAGCCAUGAAAUCAGAUUUGUUAAUGCCUGCAAAAUAAAGUGAGAAAUCCCAAGACGUUUGCGCCUAUACAAAGGUAAUGCGAUCUUCUUUUAGGCUUGAUAGUUUCUUACAUAAAUUACAUGUGCAUACCUCAAACCGGAACAUCUAUCCACGCUUUCAAUAAAUUAGCAAAAUUAGGGAGCUUUUGCAUAAAAAUAAAGGGGCUAGCCCUGUGCACGUGACUAUAUUCUGUUUAGUGUUUAUUUUAUUAUAUGAACCUUAUGACUUGUCUGGUAUUCCCCCCUCCCUAAUUUUGAUGCAAAAACUUUUGCAAUGUUAUGCGAACAGAACUAUUGAAUCCUUUAGAAUACUCAGAAGGAAUGAUAUGGAGAAUGCAGAGCACAUUAACAGUAUUUGCAUGUGACAAAAGUAAAGUAGCUCUUUGAGGUUUCUCUCUCUCA